UCAUGAUCGGUCUUUGAUUCUUGCGUUUGUUGCCGGAGCAUCGAUUCGAACGACGUACUGUAUAAAUUACUCUUGUUCGAACAUGACUUGAUCUUUUCAACAAUCACCCGACAUGAAUUCACAAUCUCGUACGUUGGAAAAGCUGACAGCAAACCUUAAAAGCUGCCAGAUUGAUACAAGCGCGACAAAUGAUUUCUUUGAUCAAGGAUUUGUUAGCAAUCCCGUUGGCCCAUACCAGGAUUUUCAGGCAACCAUCGACGAUGUUACACUAGGUGUUUCGCCUGUAGAAUCGGCUUACCCCAUAGGCUUGUCUCCAUCCAGUGAUUUCACGGAGCAUCAAUCAUGGGACAGCGGCUUCGUCUCGAGUCACAUUGCUCCUCCAACGGUCAACACACAGAUGGCAUCAUUUGUUGAAGCCUAUCUUGUCCGUCUUCAGGCGGUACACAGUCAACAGCUGACCGUUAACGAGGCAAUCUUGAUUCUGAGGCAGUUAGCUAAUCCUUUCUUGCAUUACAAUGCACACUUCGGACACUUGGUAUCUCCUAUGCCAUUUGUCGCUCCUGUUGAAGUUUCUCCCAUGUCUUUUGACGUUAUGGACAUGGGUCCAGAAACUAGCGCUGGUAUUUCCAUGGAAGCAUCUGCUGUGUCUGACGCCGAAAGCGCUUUCGGGUAUUAUGAUAUGGAUUCUCUUCGUCGUAUCUUUAUAGAUGAAGACCGCUUCAAGGUGGAGUGCUUGUGGCCUAAGUGCGGGAGGAUAUUGAUGAAAGAUAAUCACCCCCGUCAUGUACGGGAGUGUCAUCUGCGUACCAGGAGAGGAGUCGUGCGCAAUGGCAUUCAGCAGCCUACCGGCUGAUGCAAGAAGGUUUUCUGAAGGAUGUAUGUAGAAUGUAGCAGCAUAAAAGGAUGUCGUACGAUAUCUAUGACAUAGAGGAUCUGGACCAAAAGACUA